AUGUAUGCUGCUUUCUCUCUUCUCCUCCUGGUAGCCUGCCUGCCCUCUGGAUGGGCGCAGACGGCCCUGGAUGACUACGUCAAGCAGUAUGACUCUCACUACAACUACACUGUCACAAAGAAGGAAGACAGGCCUGAUGUGAGCAUCUAUACCCUCAACAUGACCUCCUUGAAGUGGCUGAAUGGUGAGAGCAGCAGUUUUGAAAUACAGAGGAAGACAUUUCCACAGGGAGCCUAAUCCGGGAAGGUGGCUGCUGGGUGGGUGUGAUCUGCACUGUGGGAUGUAAGGAUGUUGCAGAGUAGCAAUAUUUAGCAGCUAAGAAGCUAAAACAUAUGUAAGACUGACUCCCAUAUAGUCAUAUCUCAUGUUGUGUUUGCUUCAGGUUAUGUGUUUUCAUGUUGCGUCCCGCAGCAAGCCGGAAGUACUGGAAUGGGUUACUCCGGGUUUCGCCGCUCGUGCAUGCGCAGAAGUGCUAAAUUGCGCUUUGCACAUGAGCAGAAGCUCUAAAUUGUGCCACGCAUGUGCGCAGAGACGGCGCUUUGGCUUGCGUCAGUUCCAUGUUACCGACGGGUCUCCAGAACAGAUCCCAUCCGUAACACAGGGUUCUACUGUAAAGUAUGGUCAAUACAUUCCUUAAAUAUUCAAAAGCUUUUACCUGAAGAACAGAGGAUAAAAGAAUGCACACACACAUUCACAAAACAUAUGCUUAUCCAAGCACAGUCUCAGCUUCACUUAGAAAAAUGCAGCUUCUUGCUUUAAAUCAAAUCCUGUAUCUUUUGCACUUCCAGUUUUGUAAUCAGCCUGUACUUUGCCAUACUGGGCCAUGCCAGUUUCUCAUUCAGUCUUGCAAUCUGUUCUUCCAUUCAGAGAGCCCAUUUACUGCUGCACUAUGUCUUCUUCAUUCAGAGAGAAAAAAAACAUUAAUACUGUCCUCCUCACCGCUUACUAACAUAGCCCGCUUCCUGAGCCAUGUCAUCACAGUGAAACUCACUCACACAUGUAAGAUGGAAUGAUGAUAUAAACAAGGGAGAUACCAAACACUAUCUUACACUCUGUUUCCAUUUUGUUACUUUUCUACUACUACGUAGAUAAAUAAAUAUAAAUAAAUAAAUACACCUCCUGGGUGGAAAAUGUAUUUCAAAGGGGAAGGCCAAAUCCCCCAAUGAAUAGAUUUUGUGUAUCUCUUUUCAGAGUCUGAAUUGUCUAACCCAAUUUGGUGGCAUGAGCUGAUCGUCGUUGUGUCAAAGGAACGAAAAAUGAAUAACUCGUGUUUCCUGAUGCUUGGGAUAGGAAGAAAUGAUGACCUGUCUAGUAACCGAGAUUUGAGUGUUGAGGACCUUGUCAAUAUAGCAAAAUCAUCUGGGUCGUAAGUAAUUGGAGGGACCUCUGAGCAAUGAAUUUGGCACCAUCUCUGCUGUGCUCUGUUAAGACUGUUAAGGAAAUUAGCAGCCCUACAAGGAUAGAGAACUGCAAGGCAGAAAAUACUUGGAGAAAAUACUUUUCCUGGUGGGGAAUGCGGGUUGUACAUCAAACUUGGACAACCCUCCAGCUGAGGAGGAAUACAUCAGAAUGAUUUGGGGCUUCUCUGAAGCAAAGCAGGAUUUCUUUGAGGCAGCUAUAUAGUGGUUCCCAAAUUAUUGGUAUAGGAACUCAAGAGUGGCUGAUGAGAGUGAUGUAGUCUGAGCUGGAGCAACGAGCUUACACCUCUUCACACAUUGAGGUUCUCAGGUAGACUGGGGGAGAACAAAGCCUUGAAUACCUAGUUCCUCCGAUGGUGAGUGGAAGUGGCAGAACAGUUUGCUCUGUGGUAUUGACCCCUUCAUACAUUAAUCAGACUUAAAUAUGUUGGUUAUCCCACAUACAUUGAUAAAUUCUGUAUUUUGCAACCUGUGAGUGUUUUUGCAGGAGAAAAAAAAGUUAUAGCUAAUAAAACAGCCAGAAACAAAAAUGGACUGAAGAUAACUAAUCCAGCUCACUGUAUUCAAGACAACUAUGUUCCAGAGACAUAUCCUAGUUCAUCUUUUCCCCAGCCCCCUAAUAAAUACGUAUAAAUUAAAACAAGAUCGGAUAUAUUGCCUGAAUUCUGUCUUUGCCUUGAUUUUAGUGUUAAAAUCAUAGUCAUGAUUGUUCCAAAGCUACCCAGAGCUAUUAACUCUGGUCUCUUUGGCAUCAUUGCCUGUUGAUCCCACACGGCAUUUACUGCUGUUGACUAAUAUUUUGUUUUGUCUCUGAAGCUGUGCGGCACUUUUGGGGCAGAUUGGAAACCAGCCAAUCACCUACAAGGUACGUGCUCUAGGAUCUUAGCCAUGCUGGGAACUUCCCACACUGACUUUCAAACUCAUGUAGGAGUCAGUUGGUUGGGUGGAAAUGGGGAAACAGGUGUGGCUGUCACAUUUUCCCUUUGGCAACUUCUACUACAGAUUCUCUUUCCCCAAUUUCACUCUAAUGAGGGAAGUCUCAGAGCAAAAUCCAGUAGAAAUAUGCAGUGUGUCCAAUAACCUUUCUUUAUAAGCUAAUUACAUUUCAUAAUCUGUUAAGAAUUAACUAUCUCUUUCAUAGAUGUGGUUCAAAAUACUAGAAUUAAAAUGUGGGACUCACCUCCUUAGUCAUGUGGGGCUCACCUCCUUAGAGAAGGUGAAGGUGAGAGCAGCAGGAGCAUGUUCCCCAGAUACAUACUGGAGCCAUGGAUUCCCACUGCAUUCCCAGUGGGUUGUACAUGGGGCAACUGUGCCUCCUUAUCACUAGGAGUUUAACAAUCCUGGCCUGUGGAUGGCAGAGCCUGGUUGGAUGAGGAGGAGAGCUGGUAGCCACCCACCCAAGAGCCCUCCAGGGAGGGCUCUGCAGAUGAUGCCUUAGGGGCCAGAGACUGGUGGUGGGACACCUAGAAGCAGUCAGCAGAAGGGAUGAGCUGGGAGCUGAAAGAAGCAGGAGAAUUGAGCAAUCAAAGGGGAGGGGUCAGGAGAAGGAGGGCAUUCCAGGACACGAUUAGAGGCUGAGAAUCACAGUGUGCAUGCACAGUCCCAGUCCUGUUGAUUCUUCUCCCCCGCCCGCUGGAGGAGUGUCAUGCACAUUGCUGAGCAAUGGGCCAGACAGGCCCAGAGGAGGAGCUUAUCCCUUCAACACCACCUUUAUCUGCUUGGGUGUGAUCCAGAUUAAAAGGCCAGAGGGGGGAGGGCAUGUCCAGAGCUUUGUUUCAACACCUCCACUGAGCUAAGAUGAACCAGGAACAUUGCUGUGUUGUCAUUUUCUGCUAAUAAAAAGCUAAUUGCCUUCCAUGUCUGUGUCUGCCCUGUGAAUGACCUGGGUUGUUGAUAGCCACUUGACAGUGCCUUACCCGGACCUCUGUUCCUAAAGGUUGUGUUUGGUGCCUCUUCAAUUUGCAGUCAUGGUUACUGAGGACUGUUUAGCCCCAAAUAUAUGUGUAAAUGAAAGAAAUGCAGGAUUUUUUGUGGGGGUAGGGGAGGUAUCGUCUGUUGGACAGGUUUGGCAACAUUAAACAGAACAACCCAUCCAUCAACAGAACUGAACUUACAUUGUCCAAGUGAUAGCUAAUUCCCUUCCUAUUUCACCUGGUGCCCCUCUCUGUGAACUAAGUCAGACCUCUCAGGCUGUACUAGGGGUCCAGAUGGGAUGCCUCAACCAAAAACAUACUCAUCUUUCUCUUAUUUUGCUUCUAGACAAUCCCUUUGCAAAUGUGCAAGAACAGCAUUGAAAAUGCUGCACUUGUUUGUUCGUGGUGGAAGUUCAUGAACGACGAGAGUGAGCCGCCACAUGUGCUGAUUCAGUUUCCAAUGGUGAAGGUAACUCUGGCUUUCUGUAUUGGCUGGCAAGCACAUGCUGCCAUCAUUCUGGGAAAUAUUCUUUAUUGUUUCCAGAAACCCCUGAAUGCUGGCAGAGUUACUGUAACAUUUGCAGAGCACAUAUCUUUCACUUUAUAAAACCAGCUUGCGCAUCGCAGAAUCCAGCAGAGCUGGUCUGCCCAUGAGGCGAGGUGAGAUGGCGGCAUCAGGCGACAGGUCUGGGCGCAAUGACUAUGCCAUUGGUGUCUCUGGCGUGGCUGUGCCUUCUCCUCUGCAGGUGCACCUCACCUCCUGUGCUCCAGGUGCACUGCUCCCACAUGCCCAUGCCCUCUGCAGUGGUGGUGGUUGUGUGUGUGUGUGUGUGUGUCCACUUGCCCAUGCAGGGGUGCACUUGUGGUGGUUGCCUAGAGGAGGCAUGGCAGAGGAUGUAUGGGCCCAUGGAGGAGAAUGUUAGAGCAGGGGCAUGGUGGCAUUUGAAUGUAUUUGGAUUAAGGAUACCCCCUUGAGGUUUUCACCUUUACAGAAUGGCUAAGUAAAUUCUAGUUAUCUUUUAAGGUAAAGGGACCCCUGACCAUUAGGUCCAGUCGUGACCGACUCUGGGGUUGCGGCGCUCAUCUUGCUUUAUUGGCUGAGGGAGCUGGCGUACAGCUUCCGGGUCACGUGGCCAGCAUGACUAAGCCGCUUCUGGUGAACCAGAGCAGUGCACAGAAACGCCGUUUACCUUCCCGCCAGAGCAGUACCUAUUUAUCUACUUGCAUUUUAACGUGCUUUCGAACUGCUAGGUUGGCAGGAGCAGGGACUGAGCAACGGGACCUCACCCUGUCGUGGGGAUUCAAACCGCCAACCUUCUGAUCGGCAAGUCCUAGGCUCUGUGGUUUAACCCACAGCGCCACCCGCACCCCUCAGUUAUCUUAUGGGAGCAGGUAAAUUAGUUGUUUUCUGCUGCUACAAUCGCCCAUUGAGAUUUUGGAACAAGAGGUCUGCAGGCUGGCAACACAAGAAUGAGCCUUUUUUGCAGUGGCUCCUCGUUUGCGGAAUUCUCUCCCCAGGGAGGCUUGCCUGGCGCCUUCACUACAGGUGGCAGGCAAAAGCUUUCCUCUAUAACCAGGCCUUUGUCCUUAAACUAUCCGGGGCCUUUGAGAAGUGGGUGGGAUGUUUUUAAUGUAUUUCUCUUUCCUCUUGUAUCUAUGUGGAGUUUAUUGUCUGUUUGCUUUUAAGUUGUUUUGCGUUGCUCUGGGCAAGAUAAAGCAGUGAACAAAUUUAAUAAAUAAUCAUAAUGAAUAUUAAAGUCAUGAAGAUGAAACACCUUUUGAGGGCACUUAAAUUAUGCCAUGCUGAUAGAAUGAUAUAGUCAAACCCAAUGCAAGCAUCUCCUUCAAAUUCAUAUACAGUAUAUAUAAAAUAUACAUACAUACAUAUACAUCAAAUCUACAAAAAAUUAGAGAAAGGAAAAUUAGAGAAAGGGAAAAAAGAGGGAAAGAAAAAGCAUACCAACAAUAAAAAAAGCAUACCAACAAUAGAAAAAGACAAAGAAAAAAGCCUCAAAAGGCAUCUCCUUCAAAUUCUAGAGACUAUAAUCCUCUUCUCUUGUGUGCAGGCAGCUGUGCGUGGCAUGGACACUGUAGCAGAUUUCCUGCUGAAAGAAUCCGGUGGAAUGAUGAAUAUCACAAAGUUCACAGUGGCUGGUCUUUCCAAGGUAGGUAUGGACUGCAGGCCUGUGCUGUAUUGGAUUUCCGGCACACCAGAAUUAACCCUAUGCAUGCUCAUCCCCAUUUCACCUGUAUAUGCCAUGUUUGGGCUCUCCAGUGGGAACUGAAUACCUCUGCAUCUUUUUGCUUUAUGUCUUUAUUGCAGCGUGGCUGGGCCACCUGGCUGACAGCAGCUGUGGACAAGAGAGUUGAGUCAUUUAUUCCAAUUAUCUAUGAUCUUUUGAAUAUUGUUAAGGUGAGUAUCUGUUCAAAGGAUGGUGUACUAGCUGUGUGUACUUAGUCUUGAGUCUUCUUCAUAGUUCCUUCAUAGUACUCUGGACAAAUAAGAAUAUGUUGGCCAUUUGCAGGCAGGCCACAAGUGUGAGAGCCAGUGAAACUUCUGAGGAAGGGCACUCCACCGCCUCAGCACCACUGCUGCAAAGACCUUGUCCUGUGUCCUAAUCAGCCAUGCUUUUGAAGGCAAGGGACAGUGAGGAAUCCCUCCAGUGAUUGUAAGGGAGGAGAGGCAAAUUUGUGGAGGGAAAAUGGUCCUUCAAAUAUCCUGGCCCCAAAUAUUGGUUGGUUAACAGCUGUUUGGUUAUGAGGCUGGGGAGGGACAAAGUGUAGAAUAUUUAAAAUGCAGUCAAAUCAAUAAUUAAUGUUUUGCUAGACAUGCUGAAAUUCACAGAAUUUUCCUGUAAACUUACCAGAAAGAACUCUGUGAGAGAUACCCCCACUGUGCCCUGACAUGGGGAGGGCAUAGUUAUAUAUUCUCCGACCUGCCUGGGCACACCCUCCUCUCCAUUUCUUUCCAUUCUGCCAGCAAUGUGAAAACAUCUGUUUAGUCUGAGCUCCAAGAUCAGACUACAUUUUAAGCUAGACAUUAAGUAUGUCUUAGUAACUGAAUUACCAUUUUAAGCCUGCCUGAACAAAGCUGCUGUAUCUGAUACUCUUCAACAAGUAUUCUGAGUGAAUGUUAUUUUUACAUUUUACAAUACUGUUUAUGUGAUUGUUGUCUUAAGGGGGAUAAAAGGGGGAAAUAGCAGGAAAAUCUAGUCUGCCUUAACACAUUCUGGAUUACUUAAACUAAAAGGCUAAAACUUUUUUAAAAAUAAUAAUUUUUAUUAACAGGCCAAUCACAUCACAUUAUCCAUAUCACAUUAGUUCCAAAUUAUACAGCCAAAUUUUAAAUUUUGUUGGGGGUACCCAUACAUCAAGCUCCGCACGAGUCCAAAACAGCAUCACUUAUCUUACUGCUUUAAUUAGACAGUUCUGUCCAGUUUGAUCCGGAUAGUCCUUUAUUACUUCCUUUCUCUUCUUGUUGUUAUCGUAAAUUCCUUUCUUUGCGAUCUCUGAUGAUUUUCACAAGCAGGUUAAAAGCUGGCAUUCUAUGUGGAUUUUGUACUCUUCCAAAAAUCAUCGGUCCGGGACAGCCUCUGUACAACGCUUCCAUAAACAAAAUUAAUCCCCUUUCUGUCCUUUAUUUUUCUCAGGCUUACCAAAUAAAUCAAAUGAGUCUGUGGGCUCUGUCAGGUCAGACUUGCAUUCCAACAUUCCUUCUCAUUUGAACGAUCCUGAUUCUCCUCCCCCUGUCCUUCUUUCUCCGGCAAGCCUGUCUUGGCGAGACGCCAUUUUUUAACUGCGUCAUAAAAAUUUUCCUCUUUUCUAACCGUUCACCAGUCUUCUCUCCUGUUGUAAUCCAUCCCACAUAGUUCUUAAAAUCCUGCCUAUGAUUUAUAAAAACGCAACGAUCUUGUUUCUAUCUGGGGUGAAGGGUUAUUAAUAUCACAUCGUGCAAAGAAAAAGAGUUUUUUCCUCCACCCCCCUUCGUUCCAAACAUACAGUCUCCUUGUGGUAAUUCAUCAGAAGAUUUACUUAUCCGUCCGUCACUCCUGGUCGCAGAGAUCCAUUAAUCAGCAGUCUUAUCAGUCGAGCUUUACUUGAUGUAUGUGCUUUCAGCUUCAUUUCCAAUCGUAUGUUUCCAAUUAUAAUUCCGAGCUGAAGCAACCAGCACGCGCUGAUUGGAAUCAGCGUCAGGAAGAUCUGACUUCACCGAGGGCCUAUGCCAAGUGUUCGGCACCACCAUCUCUCGUAUCAGGGGGUGCAUUGUGAACACCGCUGGCGGGACAGUGCCCCCCAUAUCCAGGGGGGGAUUAGGAAGGCUGCAUACUUCCCAUAGCAGCCCCUUAGUACCUUGUAUGGGUCAGAGAGAUGUUAUUGUCGGCCAUCUUCCAACGCGCCACCUGGUGGCCCUCGCCUAAAAGGCUAAAACUAGCCUAUCUAAGCUUCCUCUCAAGCUGCAAAGCUGAACUCACAAAUGUGAUGUUGAAACCUAAGUAAAUAACCAAAAAAGCCAUAGGUAUUGACUGCUGGCACUAUGAUGGGGAUAACUUAUUGGCAUGUUUUGUUUUGUGUUUAUCAUUUUAGCCAGAAGUGUACCUAGGGGUAGGUGAAUCCAAACUCUGCCCAACUGGGGAUGGGGUGCAAGAAUAACCUAUCAGGUGUUGGAGUCCUCCCACAACACCUGGAACACCCUACACCUGGAGCGGCUUCCAGGCAGAGAGCAGUACGGGUGCCCUCUCUAGUCCUAAGAAGGCACCUUCCUCCUAUCCAGACAACCUUGCCUGCUUCUGAGAUUUUUUUGGGGGGAGGCACCAAUAUAGCUCCUUGACAAGGGCACAAGGGACUCUAGGUAUGCCUCUGAGCCUAGCCUUGCUAUAAAGAGUUGAAUAAAUCUUGUCCUCCAUACUAUAGAACUUCAGGUUCUUAAUAUAUGACACUUGCUAUGUGCACAUAGAAUUCAUUUGUGACUUCUUUGCUACAGAACUGGCAUCAUGAAUACCGAUCAUACUGUGGCUGGGGCGUUGCAUUGUAUCAUUUCUAUGUCAUGAAUCUAACUCGGCAGUUGGACACCCCACGGUUCCAGGAAUUAACUUCACAUGUUGAUCCGUUUGGUGAGCAAUUCCUACCAUCUCAGAUUUCUCUGGUGAAUCAGAUGGUGGCAGAAGAAAGGAUUGGAUAAGUGGGAAAGGGCAGCCCCAGGGAAUUUUGGUGGCACUAUAAUGCAUGUGGGAUGCGGGUGGCGCUGUGGGUUAAACCACAGAGCCUAGGGCUUGCCGAUCAGAAGGUCGGCGGUUCGAAUCCCCGCGACGGGGUGAGCUCCCGUUGCUCUGUCCCUGCUCCUGCCAAACCUAGCAGUUCAAAAGCACGUCAAAGUGCAAGUAGAUAAAUAGGUACCGCUCCGGCGGGAAGGUAAACGGCGUUUCCGUGCGCUGCUCUGGUUCGCCAGAAGUGGCUUAGUCAUGCUGGCCACAUGACCCGGAAGCUGUACGCCAGCUCCCUCGGCCAAUAAAGCGAGAUGAGCGCCGCAACCCCAGAGUCGGUCACGACUGGACCUAAUGGUCAGGGGUCCCUUUACCUUUACCUUAUAAUGCAUGUAAGAUACAUUGAAGAGCAUGGCAUCCAUUUAAUUAAAGGGCCAUUUGGUGUGGAGUGAGGAUUAGGGGGUUGUUGAAUAGUGAUUGUUGUUUCUUGUAAAAAUAUGUGAAAACGUUGAAAUAUUUGCAGAGGGAGAACACUGAAAAUAUGUCGGCGUGCAGUGGGAUAAGAAAUGGGUCAACCAGAUCAAGUCCUCUCCCCUUUUCCACUUUCCUUUUGGAAACCUUCCCUCAAUCCUGUAAACUAGGACCUUCCUCAUCUGAGGCAUAGCAGCAAGCUGUGAAAUCCUGGCUGAAGACUAUGAGUUUGUGACAUAGGAGCCAACUUCUAGGGGCCAUGGGCCCCCACAAUAAAAUAAUAUGGGCUUAGUUUGCCACAAUAAGGCUUUUAAACAUGUUUUCCAGUUCUAUUUUUGUUCCCACCUGUCCAAAGAAUGUUUACAGCUCUUUAGGGAUUUGUGAUCUUUACUCCAUUUCUCUUGUUUUCCAAUCUUACCAGCCUUUGAUGAUGUAAAUAAGCAGAGCAGCAACUUGAGAACUGCAUGUGUUGCCCAUUAAAAUAACAUUAAAUUUUCCAUCCUCAGAAUAUAAAGAACGAUACCAAAAUAGGACCCUGCUCAUGAUCUUAUCAACAGGAGAUGACUUCUUCCUGCCUGAUGACUCGUACUAUUUCUUUGAUGAGCUACCAGGAAAGAAAUAUAUCCGGUGAGUUCAUGCUGCAAAAGAUUACCAGACUGUCCUUUUCGAGGCAAUGAGAUCAUUCCUCUGGUUACAGGCAAUGACCAGAUGGCUUGAGCCCCAGAUGAGAGACAAUACUGAGAAAGCACAGCAGAUCCUCAGCUGUUGUGUGAACCCACUUGUGUAAUAUGAACAAUAGUACCAGUGAAGAAAGCUGCAGAUCUUUGCUGCACAAUUCAUAUAGGCUUUGAAUGAUGAUGCAAUGAUUUUUUCUUUGUAUAUUUAUAUGUGUGCAUUCUUUCCAAGGAGGAAAAACUCUGAAAAGUCAAAUUUCUGUGAUUAGAAGAAACAUGUCAUUGCUUUACCUUAGACUGUUGCAAGGAAGGUAUUUUUGUAAAAACCUCUCUGUUGCACUGCAGAUUCAUCCCGAACACUAAUCACGGUAUAACAUUAUUACCAUGGAAUAGAGCAUCUAUCCUUGAAUCGUGUAGAGCCUUUUAUCUCAGCACCAUGCAGAAUCUGACCAUGCCUCAAAUUUCUUGGAACAGGUCUGAGGUGAGGAAUACAUGUCUUCUUUUACGUACCAAUUGACAAGAAUAAUUCAGUCGUGAAGUUUGUUCUGUAAUUUAGACCAAGCCAUGAAUCCAUGUUGUCCCUAAGAGACAGAAAUUAAGUGUGGUCCUUUACUAAGGAUACUCAGUCGAGCUCAAGAUUCCUAAGAAGCUAUCAGAAUUUUAAAGUUCGUUUGGCUGCAAUCUUGGUUAUAAACAUCAAGGAUGGGUGAACAGGAAGUCCUUAAUAAUGUAGAAUAGGAUUACAACUGUUGGGUGACAAAAUGUAACUUUGAAUUUUGAAAUAAAAUAAAAUACUAACGAUAAAGAAAUACUGAAAGCAGGAAAGUUGUUAUGAUUGUAUGCAAACAGGCCUUGCUUAAUAUUGUCUUUUACCAGUAAAUGAUGAGAACAAUCUUCUUUGGCAAUCACUCGUAGAUGAGUAAGAUUGUCUUCCAUAAACACGGUUUUAACAAUGAGUCCGUAAGUGACUGUGGAAGCCAAUUCUGGAUCCACACGUCCUUCCACAGUGGGGACCUUGGUUUCUGGGUGGGAGUUGAUCACGGUGUGGAUGUGCCAAGCAUGCCUUCCUCUUAGCAUGUUUCUCCCUUGUGUCCUGAGUUCGAGUGUCUUCAAAGCCCAUGACACUUUUGGUAAAGUCUGUUCUCCAACUGGAGUGCUCGCAGGCCAGUAUUUCCCAGUUGUCAGUGUUUAUACUACAUUUUUUUAAAGAUUUGCCUUGAGACAGUCUUUAAACCUGUUUUGUUGACCACCAGCAUUACACUUUCCAUUUUUAAGUUCAGAAUAGAGUAGUUGCUUUGAAGACGGUCAUCAGGCAACAAUAACUGUAUGUGGGAUAAUAACUGUAUGCUUUUCAAUAAGCAGUUUUGAAAGAGAUUUUCAUUGUGCGAUGGGAACAAUAACUGGGAUAGCUCAGCUGAUAGAGCAUCUUCCUUCAAGAAGACUGAGGGGAGUGUAGAUCUUCCAGCAUUUAUCCUUACAACAGCUUGGUGAGAUACAUUUGGAUGAUGGGCAAAGAGAAAACUGUGGGAGGAUCUCGCUUUGUGUAUUUCCUGUAUGUGGGCAUUGUUGCCAUUGAGAAGAGGUAAACACAACUGUGCAGUGGGAUUGAUUUCAAUGGGUGUUGUGAUGCUCUGCGCAGGCAGCUAAAUCAUUUCUCACCGGGCUGUUCUCAUGAAUGGGAAUCACACUUGCCCAUCUGCUUUUAAGCCCCACAGGUGCAGGACAUCUGAAUGAUUGCUUUUCAAUAAGCAGUUUUGAAAGAGAUUUUCAUUGUGGAAAUCGUGCGACGGGAACGUGUUGGCCUAACAUCCAUUAACACAAUUUUUUAAAAUUUGCCUCCCCUUCCAGGCUGCAUUUAUCUUUUUUUUUUUUUUUUAAUGAGAAAUCUGAGCACAGCUCUCCCCACAAGAAAGAGGGAGAGGAAGCAAGGAGGGAGAAACAGAAUGGCUCGAGAUCACUAAGGGGUCCCUGUGCCCAAUUUUAGAGAAGGUAGCCCUACUUUUGGUUUGCUGGUGUCCUCUAUCUGAAGAGCUUGGGUCAAGUGCCAUUUUAAGAUAAAGAAGAAACCCAAGAAGAAAGGGUUGGGGGCCUUGAAUCACCCACUUACAUUUAAAACCCAAAUAACAGACUGAGCAGGCACACAGGUUUCCCCUAUAUGUAUAGAUUAGUGUGCAUAAAUGUGAUGGAGAUCUGUUUGCUCCUUUUGAGAGGCAGAGUUGCUGUGUAAUUAAGGGGCCAACCUAAAUCUCAUUCCUUAAACAGGGCAGGAAUUUGGAAGUGUAUCUUCCUGAUUUAAAUCUAGCAAUCUGGCCACGAUGUGAUACUGGCUCUCAAUUUGUAAUAAGUGCUACAUUCCAAACAUUCUCCAGAUAUUGAACAGACAAAAAGAAGGAGAUGCUGAUCACUCUAGUUUUUAAAAGUGUAUCCACUCUUUAAAAUAUUAAAUUUAGUCAUAGUGAUUUAACACAGACAUAGUGGUUCAGUGCCAGGUGAGAGGCCAGGUGAGCAUAAGUAUUGGUGCAUUUGUGUGAUGUUUUUGAUUAAUUUUUUCUCAGCUUGCGAGGAAUAAACACUUCACAUGCAGCUGCAGUUACUCCUGGCCCUGAUGAGUAUAGAUGCAUAAUACACACAUUUGUCUCAUGCCAGCAUUGCAUUUUUAGUCAUAUGCUUGAAGAAAUAUUCACUGUACACCUAAAAAUGUAGGGUGAAUAUGCCGUAGCCUGAAAACACAAGCAAAACUUCAAGCUUCUCCAUUUCCUUUAUGUAUGUGGCAACUAUUUGGGUUGAUCUCACAUAUGGUAUUGCAUGACACAGCCAGUUAAAGCAAUGAUUGCUGUUGAAUUAAAUAUGCUGUGGAAACAAAUUUGUUUUCUGCACCUCCUGUUUGGGAGGAUAAUAGGAAUGGGUGAUAACUGGAGGAAGACUUGAUAAUUCUGUGCUAUUCUCUCUUUUUCUAGGCAAAUGGCAAAGGCAUCAUCUCUCUCUCCACAGAUCAGGAGCCUUUAAAAACUAGAUGUUUCUUUGCUAACACAUGGCUCACCAACAAGUAGGCUUCUUUCAGAAAUAUCUUAUAUAAUUCAUUAAUAUAUGGAAUAAUAUACAAAGUCAACGUUGCAUACAAAAAAAGUUCCUGAGGCGCUGUCUUUCUUAAAGCUUACCAAAUUUUCCUGAAAGCAAGCAAGCAAGCAAGCAAGCCAGCCAACCACUGGCUUCUAUGAGUCAGCAAAGAGCUGCUCCACAAACUUCUAGGUCUCAUCUGUGCUGCACAUUAAAAACAGCAUCAUACCAAUUUAAACAGUAUAGUGGUACCUUGGGUUACGAACUUAAUUCGUUCCGGAGGUCCGUUCUUAACCUGAAACUGUUCUUAACCUGAGGUACCACUUUAGCUAAUGGGGCCUCCAGAUGCCGUCGCGCCAUCGCCACACGAUUUCUGUUCUCAUCCUGAGGCAAAGUUCUUAACCCGAGGGACUACUUCUGGGUUAGCGGAGUUUGUAACCCGAAGUGUUUGUAACCCAAGGUACCACUGUAAUGGCUCCACACACAGCCCAGGCAAGGAAUCCUGGGGAUUGUAGUUUGUUUAAUGUCCUAGGAGUUGUUAGGAGAUCCAUAUUCCCUUCACAGAGUUACAAUUCCCAGAAUUUCCUGGAAAAGAGACUGAUGGUUAAAGCACUUUGAAAAGUCAAGCUCUGUGAGGGCAAUGGGGAUCUCUUAACAAACUAUGGCCCCCAGGGUUAUUGCAGGAGAGAGUAUUGGUGUUUAAAGUGGUAUGGUACUGCUUUAUAUUUAAAGUGCAGGCGGAGCCCUGUACUUUCCCCCCAGAAAUCCUACUAACAAAGAUUCAAAAGGAAUCACUGAGUCGGUCAUUAUGGAUACUCUGGAACCUUUUGGAUCAGGUUGACUGUAUUAGAGAACCAUCCUGAUGGGUGAGUAACCUUGUAUAAUAAACAGUAACUUUAAUUUCCAUAAAUAACAUGAUUACUUGUGCCGCAAACAGUGAACUAAAAAAAUAAUAUAUUGUUGAUAGUACUUUUCUCCACAAAACAAUUUAUUCUGUGCUCAUGCCACAUCUCUUCUUUCCCUUCUCAUUCUCAGGCGAGACUUCAGGCAACUUAGGCUUUCCCUUAUUAUUGUGAAUCCUGCACUUUGGAUUGAUUGCAAUGUUGUUAAAGUGGUAAGAGGAUUAGAAUGUCCUUAGUUUCUUCACAAAGCUGAGAAUGUCAAGGGUCCUAAAGACACAGACAAACACGAAAGCCGUUCAUGGGAAAUAAAUGUCUUCCUUUAAAGUUGGACUUCUGUUGCAGAUAUUGAAUAUUUGCAGAUUUGCAAAUCAGCACAUUCAUUUAGGCUUUCUGUGUGGCUGCAAAGGGUGAUGAUAACAGGCACCAGAAAGGCCACAGCUGGUACUUCAUUUUGGAUGAGCAGAACCUAAUGUUCACCAGUAAGCAUGUGGACAGAAGGGCCAUUCUGGAGAGUCCCUGAGCUCCUUUAGGAGGAAGGGUGGGACAUUAAUUGAAUGAAUCUGUAAGAAAUCAAUCAAACCAAUAAAUAUAAUGGGAUUCCUUCAAUGUCUGAGUUACCCAAAGCAUUCCCCUGCACCUAGCAGAAGAACAUUGUCUUUAUGUUGCAGUUGUAAAAUCCCCCAUGCUAGGGAGUAGGGCUCCCUAAUGUGGUGGGGAGUAUGUCUCUACACACGUAAUAGGGGUGAGGAACCUCUUUCUGACAUAAAGCCACAUUCUCUUCUGCACAGCUUUGUGGAGGCCAGGGUCAGAGGCAAAAGUCAACAGAGCAAUCAAUGUGAAUUCUACCAUUGUGCAGUAGCCUAGUUUCUUCACACUCACACAUCUUUCUCUAUCCUCCAUCCAUCCAAGCAAGAAGCAUUAUCAGAAUUCAAGGACACAUUCCAGUCAGGGAAAAACAUUCCAAGUGGGGAGGAAAGCACAGCUGGUGAGGGGUGUGAUUUCAGGUGUGUGUGUCCUGGAGAUAAUCCCAAGGGCCAGCUAGAGAGUGCUGACUUAUUUAAGGCAGGAGUGAGAACCUAUUCUACUCUAUGUAACAAAGCAGGUUGGAUGUCAGAGCCAUUGGAAAUAUGUAGAGUGGUUUAAGAUCACCUGGAUAGAAGGGCUAUGUCAUCUGUGGUCAUCCUCCACCACUGCUCCCUCUUCCCUAUCCUUGGAAGACACAAACCAGGAACCUCAGCUCACUCUUCUUCAAAUUCACACUAAUGAACAUUCUAUAAUUUCUUAAUAUGACACGUUCGCUUCUCAGCACCUUCUUCUGUCUUAUCUCUUUGCAGGGAACAGGUGUUUAUAAAGCAGAAUUGUCAAAGCCAUUACUUGGAUGGAAGGGUUUCUUCAUUGAGGUAAAUAUAAUCUUUAGUCGAGUAUUUGACUCAUUCUUGCACAGCUUUUUCCUUAGCUUAAUAGCAGCAUAGGGGGAGGCAAUUUCCAUUGGAAUAGUGGAAGAGGGAGGGGAGGUUUAAAACGUUCCUUUCCCUGCAACCUCCCCCUGCUGCUCAGCUGACUGGGAAACAAGUGAGAAUGGUGAAAAGUGAAAUGGCAAGCAGAAACAAAUAAUCUUUAUCUGGACUCCCUUCUGCACUUCCUGCUGCUCUGCUGAUCAGUGGGAGGGGUUUUUGUGCGCCAUAUAAGAUUAGACAGCCGGUAGAGCAGUUGGGAAUUACACACAGAUUACACACUGAACAAGAGAGAGAAAACAUGCAUGUUUUUGGAGAGUAGACAUACAGAUGGGAGAAUAUGCAUAUUGGCCAGAGAAUGUACAACAUUCAAGUAUGACAUGCAAAUUCCCCAAAGCCUGUUGGGAGGCAUAAUGGCUAACACUGCACAGAAUUCAGACGCUAUAGGCAGGUUUCCCAAGCUUUAUUAGAGAAUAUGCAUAUUGACCAAGAAAUGUGCACAAUUUCUUCUUCAUAGAAACACGGGCUGCACAUUUUCCAUGAAGGCUGCUGAAUGUGCACAAUGUCGGGUUUUAUGCACAUUAACGGUUGAACUUACAUUCCCUUUAAUAUACAUAUAUUAAUUGAAACUAAGUUCUCCAAGACUGUUGUGCAACUGUAUAAAUAGGCACGACGUAUUCUGCGAUUAGGCACUGCUUCUAAAAUCUGCAGUAAGAUGCAUCCAUCAUUUCUUUGAUAUCUCUGUGCUAUAAACUCCUAAUCCUGCUCCAUUCAGCUCUCUGCAAAGGAACAUACAGUGGUACCUCGGGUUAAGUAGUUAAUACGUUCCAGAGGUCCGUACUUAACCUGAAACUGUUCUUAACCUGAAGCACCACUUUAGCUAAUGGGGCCUUCUGCUGCUGCUGUGCUGCCAGAGCACGAUUUCUGUUCUCAUCCUGAAGCAAAGUUCUUAACUCAAAGUACUAUUUCUGGGUUAGCGGAGUCUGUAACCUGAAGCGUAUGUAACCCGAGGUACCACUGUAUUGAGCAGAACUGCCAUUUCUUUUCCAGGUAACUUUCAAAGGACCUGAGAACGAUAAGCAUGUUUUCACCUCAGAGGUUCAAAUCACCCCAGACACUUUUCCAUGUGCAGAUUGCAGUGGAGAAGGAUGCUAUGGGACGCUGGUGUGAAACCCUGCAGAGAAAAUGUGGCUCCUGUUGCUGACAGCAUCCAUGAGGGAAGACAUAAGAGGCAUUUGGAAAACCAUGCGGAGAAGCGGAUGGACAGAGAAGGAACCUCAUGCAGAGAAAGCAGACAGGUCCCACUUAAACUAACAUGAAAUAGGUGCAGGGGUGUCACUCAGGAUCAGGAGACCUAACCAAGGAGCAGAUGCUGUGGCUGUGGGGAAUGGGGAAUGGGUAGGGUGGAUUUAUGAAGAAUAUCAGACAUGAGAGGAAGGGGCUCAUUCUAUAGAAUAAUGAACAAGUAAAUAUGACACAGG